ACCAUAGGGCGAUAGGAUACCAAAACUUGAAACCAUGCCUGAUCCCUUCUCGUAUACUCCAACCCCCACAAGAGUACCAACCACAGGUUUCCAAUGAUCCACCAGAGCCACAAAUUCUCAAGAUGUGAUGCAGCAGAGAAGCAAAGAAACCCAUCUCCUUCAUGAGGAUGUGAAGGUGAGGUUCAUCCAUCUCUCUUCCUGAGAUCAAAAAGAGGAAUGCUUCUCCAUGGCAUCGCCUCCACUCAUCCACCUUCAUCCAUUCACCUCCUCAGAUCCCAAAACCACAACUACAACCUCAAACUCACAGUUUCCGCUUCUUCCGCUUCUCAAAUCCCAUCAUCUUCAAAAACCAAAUUGAUGAAAUUCUCAAUCUCCGACAAAGAAUUAGAAUCUAGAGGCUUCCUUCUCAAGCACUCAAUGGAAGGUCUCAACUUGGAUCACCUCAAUCGAGUCUUUGUAGCAGUUGGGUUUCCUCGACGAGACCCGGAGAAGAUUCGAGUAGCGUUGGAGAAUACAGAUACUCUGCUGUGGAUGGAGUACUCUAAGACACAGAGACCAGUGGCGUUUGCAAGAGCCACCGGCGACGGCGUCUUCAAUGCCAUUAUAUGGGAUGUGGUGGUGGAUCCGUCGUUCCAAGGUAUAGGGUUGGGGAAAGCGGUGAUGGAGAGGUUGCUAGAGGAGUUGUUGCAGAAGGGAAUUAGUAAUAUUGCUUUGUAUUCGGAACCUAGGGUUUUGGGGUUUUAUAGAGCUUUGGGUUUCGCCGCCGAUCCAGGCGGGAUCCGUGGAAUGGUGUACUAUCUUAAGAAGCGUAAAUGAUGUGGCCAAUUGAACUGCAUGCUUAUGGCCAUUUGCUUCAAAGGUCGACUCCAAGACCCAGGCAUCGUUUGAUAAUGAUUUUUCAUGUUUUUGGGAAUAUGAAUGAAUUUUUUGGUAUUUAAUAAAUUUAUUUUUCGCAUCGUUCA